GCAGAAAAAAGGCAAGCAAAGUCGUUGAGGAGAGUGUAUAGCUCAGUUUACAAAACCGCUGAGCCUUACUUGCCUGAAUGGCGCUUCGCAUCGUCGUCGGCUGUAGCAUUUUAGCCAUGGGAUGGUACGCGGUCGACAAAGUGCGGCCCGGACUCCUUCCGAGAAUCGACGUUGCUAGCAGGAUAGCAGCCCUACGCAGUUCCCCUGCCAUGACCGCUGCUAUCGAAGGCAAGGACAGCAAGGACGUGACAGACACCAGACUCAAGGCAGCCCGAGAGCCUGAACUCGUAAACAACACCCAAAAGGGGGUGAACGCUGCCCUCCGCAGUUCACCGGCCAUGACCGCUGUGGUCGAGAGCAAGGACAGCAAGGGUAGCAAGGACGCGACAGACACUGCACUCGAAGUAAGCUGCGAGCCUGAACUCGUAGACAACUCCCAAGGCGAAAAGAACGCAACGCUCUGCAGUUCACCUGCCAUGACCGCUGUGAUCGAGCGCAAGGACAGCAAGGACACCAGGGACCCAAUCGACACCGGACUCGAGGCAAGCCGAGAACUUGAACACGCAAACAACUCCCAAAAGGCAGCGAAUGCAGUCCUACGCACUUCAGCUGCCAUUACCGCUGCUGUCGAAGGCGAGGACAGCAAGGACUUGACGGAUACCGGACUCGAAGCAGGCCGAGAACCUGAACUCCUAAACAACUCCCAAAGGGGAGUGAACGCAGCCCUCGACGGUUCACCUUCCAUGAACACUGUGGUGGAGGGCAACGACAGCAAGACUAGCAAGGACACAAUCGACACCGGACUAGAGGCAAGCCGAGAACUUGGACUUGCAAACAACUCCUUAAAGGGAGAGAAUGCAGCCCUACGCAUUUCACCGGCCAUGACCGCUGCUAUCGAAGGAAAGGACAGCAAGGACUUGACGGACACCGGACUCGAGGCAGGCCGACAGGCUGAACUCCUAAACAACUCCCAAAGGGGAGUGAACGCACCCCUCCAUGGUUCACCGGCCAUGACCGCUGUGGUCGAGGGCAACGACAGCAAGACUAGCAAGGACACAAUCGACACCGGACUCGCGGCAAGGCGAGAACCUGAACUUGCUAACAACUCCCAAAAGCGAGAGAAUGCAGCCCUACGAACUUCACCUGCCAUGACCGCUGCUAUCGAAGGCAAGGACAGCAAGAACUUGACGGACACCGGACUCGAGGCAGGCCGAGAGCCUGAACUCCUAAACACCUCCCAAAGGGGAGUGAACGCAGCCCUCGACAGUACACUGGCCAUGACCACCGUGGUCGAGGGCAAGGACAGCAAGACUAGCAAGAACACGACAGGUACCGGACUCGAAGUAAGCUGCGAGCCUGAACUUGUAAACAACUCCCAAAACGAAGAGAACGCAGCACACCGCACUUCACCUGCCAUGGCCGCUGUGAUCGAGCGCAAGGACAGCAAGGACACCAGGGAUGCAAUCGACACCGGACUCGAGGCAAGCCGAGAACUUGAACUCGCAAACAAUUUCCAAAAGGGAAAGAAUGCAGCCCUACGCACUUCACCUGCCAUGACCGCUGCUAUCCAAGGCAAGGGCUGCGAGGACAUGACGGACACCGGACUCGAGGCAGGGCGAGAGUCUGAACUCGUAAACAACUCCCAAAAGGGAGGGAACGCAGCCCUCCACGGUUCAUCGGCCAUGACCACUGUGGUCGAGGGCAAGAGCAGCAAGAGUAGCAAGGACACGAGAGACACCGGACAAGAGGUAAGCUGCGAGCCUGAACUUGUAAACAACUCCCAAUACGGAGAGAACGCAGCGCACCACAGUUCACCUGCCAUGACCGUUGUGGUCGAGGGCAAGAACAGCAAGGACAUCAUGGACACAAUCCACACCGGACUCGAGGCAAGCCGAGAACAUAAACUCGCUAACUCCCAAAAGGAGGAAACUGCAGCCCUAUGCAGUUCACCUGCCAUGACCGCUGCGGUCGAGGGCAAGGACAGCAAGGACAUGAAAGACACCGGAUGCGAGGCAAGCCGAGAGCAGGAGCUCCUAAGCACCUCCCAAAAGGGAGAAAACCCAGCCCUCCACAGUUCAUCUUCCAUGAGCGCUGCUGUAGACGGCAAGGACAGCAAGCACACGAGGGACACAACAGACACCAGACGCGAGGCAAGCCGAGAGCCUGAACUCCUAAGCACCUCCAAAAAGGGAGAGAACCCAGCCCUCCGCAGUUCACCUACGAUGACCGCUGCUGUCGAGUUCAAGGACAGCAAGGACACCAAAGAUAUAACAGACACUGAACGCGAGGCAAGCCGAGAGCCUGAAUGCCUAAGCGCCUCCCGAAAAGGAGCGAACCCAGCCCCCCGCAGUUCACCUGCCAUGACCGCUGCUGUCGAGGUCAAGGAGAUCAAGGACACCAAGGAAAAAAAAGACACCGGACGCGAGGCAAGCCGAGAGCCUGAACGCCUAAGCACCUCCCGAAAGGGCGAGAACCCAGCCCUCAGGAGUUCACCUGCCAUUACCGCUGCUGGCGAGAACAAGGACAGCAAGGACACGACCGACAUCGGACUCGAGGGACUCGGCGUCCAUGACGAGAGUUCACCGAGCCAAGGCCACGGCACGCGGGCAGAUAAUCAAGCAGCAGGAGUCAUGAAACAUGACGGUAGCAUCGCCGUGCGCGUGUGGUUGAGGGUGCGAACCAUUCUUUCCGAGCACAUGAUGGACGCGCUAAUCCCCACUGACUUGCAACGUCUUCUCCGAGCCGCCUGGACAGCUGCGCACGAGGUGGAGUGGGUGCCAGAGGAUGGCUACGACAAGGCGUACCUGCUGCUGACGACCAUCGUUUGCUUUGUCAUUGCAAUUUGCAGUUGUGGAGGCCGUGCCAAGAAUACAAGCGAGGUCGAGACAUCGCCAGCGAUGCCGGCACAUGCCAUGGCUGUCGACUGGAAAUCAAACUUCAGCAUCUCCGAGAUGGCUCGUCUGAACAUCCACGGUUACCGGCACCAAGACAGCUACAUCUACCCAGGAGGGAAAUCAGCCGAGCAGUUGUCCAGGGAAGACCACGCUGCGGCCGUGAUUCAGCGCUGGGUGCGCUACGAGUUUAAACGGUGGCUGCGAGACGCCAAGUCCAAGUCCAGCACUGAUCAGACUCCGUUAAACUACCAGCGCUGGAUCGACGAAGACCACGGCGCUAUUGUCAAUGCGCCGCUCGAGGAUGCCAAUGUUAGCAGCAGCGAACUCGGGCCUCUGGGCGGCAAUCUUCGCACACACGACGCGCGCCUCGCAGGAAACAAACACUCAGAAACCAAAGACAAAAGUGGUGACGACGCGGAAAUGCGUCCAGCUAUUCGUUGCCAAUGGCAGCCAUCGCUUUCCUAUUCCCAACUUUCUAAGUCUCUGCUAAGACUGAAGUGGCCCGUCGACAAGCUCGAUACGAACAGCCCGGAAUCCGUGCAACCUUUAACUUAGCAACCGUAGGUUAGAACUUUUGCGAAGUUUAUUUCACUUGGUCGAGGUAGAAUCACUCGAAGCAGGAUCACUGCGUAUAUUUUACCUGGCUCUGGAAUCGAUAAAUUCGUUCUACAAAAAAUAUUUUCUGUUAAUUGUCGAAAUAACACCCUUAUAAUUUUUC